GCGUCUCGCGCUCCCGCAUGCACAGCGUCCGUGGACAGCUCCCGUAACAAGUGAGCCCCUCAUGUCCUCCGCUCGAGCCGCUCGCUUUAUUCCGCUGCUCCGCGCUCGGGAUCCCCGCCAACAUGGAAAAUAAUCGCAGUUAAGUCGCGGCUGCAUCUUUCACUCGGAAAGUACAGGAGCUUCGCAUUGUGCGCGCAGCCGAGCCAGGAGAUUCUUUCCAAGUGCUUCUCCCUCCCUGUUCGGCGCUCAUGAACUGAUGAAUUGAAUCCCAUUCCCAGUUUGUCUGGAGCAAGGUGCGAGACCAUGGAGAAUACAGUUGGAUUUAUUUACCCGAAAAUAGUACUUCUUUUUCUGUGUGCGUGGCUAUCUCUUCUCAGUCUUUCUGGAAAAUCCUAUGGUUCUGAGGAGAUGAGAAGCUUUGUAGAUCUUCGGUUUGUGCAGGAGCCACUGGACACAGUAACAGUGAGGGGGGGAACCAUGCAGCUGGACUGUGAGGCCCAGUCAGACCAGGGCACCCCCACCAUUGCGUGGAAGAAGGAUGGAGUUCUGCUGAGCACAGUGGUGGAUGAGAGAAGACAACAACUAGCCAACGGCUCCCUCGUCAUCCAGAAUGUGGUCCACUCACGGCACCACAGACCUGAUGAGGGCUCUUACCAAUGCCUAGCCUCCCUAGAGGGGGUAGGCGCCAUUGUAAGCAGAAUAGUCAAGGUCACAGUCUCUGGCCCCCUGCGCCUGGUGAUCCCCACAGAAUCUGUGUCAACCUACUUAGGGGACACGGCUGUGCUGCGAUGUGAGGUGACAGGGGAGCCCAGGCCAGUUGUUCGCUGGCAGAAAAACCGAGAAGACCUGAUGCUUACCUUGAGUCCCGAGAGCCGUAUGGUAGUCCUGCCCUCGGGGACUCUGCAGGUCAGCAAAGUACAACCUCCUGACUCUGCUACCUACCGCUGCUUGGCCGACAACCCUGGCAGCACCCGAACUGGCACGGACGCAGACCUCCGUGUGUUGCCAGAGCCUGGAGUCACACGAAGUUUGAUUUUCCUUCAGAGGCCGGUGAAAGUUACAGCUAUUGAGGGAAAAGAUGCCAUUUUGGAGUGUUCUGCUUCGGGCUUCCCAACACCAGCCUUUGUCUGGAUGAGGGGAAGUGACAUGAUCCAGACCAGGUCAAAGAAAUAUUCCUUACUUGGAGGAAGCAAUCUCUUGAUCAGAAGUGUGACUGACGAAGACUCGGGGACUUACAGCUGUUUAGCUUUCAACAAAAUCGAGAACAUUACUGCAUCCUGUGAGCUCUCUGUCCUUGUGCCACCAAAGUUUCUGAAGCAGCCCUCAAACCUGCAUGCCUAUGAGAGCACAGACAUAGUGAUGGAAUGUGACGUAACAGGGAAACCCCUUCCCUCUGUCCACUGGAUGAAAAAUGGAGAGGUGGUCAUUCCCAGCGACUACUUUCAGAUCAUUGGUGGCAGUAACCUUCAAAUUCUUGGUUUGGUGAAAUCAGAUGAGGGAUUUUACCAGUGUAUGGCAGAAAAUGACGCAGGAAAUUCUCAGGCCACAGGACAGCUUAUCCUAAAGGAUCCAGUUGUCCCAAACUCAGAUGCCCACCCCUCUGCACCUCGUGAUGUGGUCCCUGUCCUAGUAUCCAGCCAUUUUGUCCGCCUCAGCUGGCGACCCCCUUUGGAGACCCACGGGAACAUCCAGAGUUAUGGCAUUUACUUUGUGCAGGAAGGUGUGAACAGGGAGCGAUUUAUAAAUGUUUCUGAGUCAGGAGCCUUGCAGUUUACAGUGAAGAACCUGAAGCCUGAGGAAAUUUACUCCUUCCGAAUCGUGGCUUAUAAUGAACAUGGUCCCGGAGAAAGCUCACAACCCAUCAGAGUCUCCACACAGCCAGAGUUGCGAGUCCCUGGUCCAGCGGAUAGUUUCCAGGCUGAGGCUACCUCUCCCACAUCUAUACAAGCAACCUGGAAAGCCCCAGCCUUUGGCAGUGAACCCAUUGAAGGCUACAGGUUGUUCUGGACAGAGACGGCAACAGGAAAAGAGCAGAACGUGGAAGUGAGUGGACCAAGCUACAAACUGGAGGGGUUAAAGAAGUUCACAGAAUACUCUAUAAGGAUCGUCGCUUACAAUCGCUAUGGGGCGGGCACACCGACAGAGGACCUGGUCCUUACAACUCUCGCUGAUGUGCCAAGUGCUCCUCCACAGAACAUCUCUAUUGAGGUUGUCUAUUCAAGAAGUAUUAAAAUUAGUUGGCAGCCCCCUCCGCCAAACGCACAAAAUGGAUUCAUCACAGGCUACAAAAUCCGGCACAGAAAGACUGGCCGUCGGGGAGAUCAGGAGACAAUUGAGCCAAAUAAUUUAUGGUAUCUCUUCACAGGUUUGGAAAAGGGCAGCCAGUAUAGUUUUCAGGUAGCCGCCAUGACGGCUAAUGGUACAGGACCAGCCAGCGAGUGGUAUAUGGCUGAAACCCCUGAGAAUGACCUUGAUGAAACCCAGGUUCCUAACCAGCCUAGUUCUCUGCACGUCCGCCCCCUUCCAAACAGCAUCAUUAUGAGCUGGACUCCCCCUUUAAAUCCCAACAUCUUAGUCAGAGGAUACAUCAUUGGGUACGGAGUAGGUAGCCCCUACGCAGAAACCGUGAGAGUGGACAGCAAGCAGCGGUACCACUCGAUUGAAAACUUAGAACCAAGUUCCCACUAUGUAAUCUCUUUGAAGGCCUUCAACAAUGCUGGGGAAGGGGUUCCACUAUAUGAAAGCGCUGUGACCAGAUCUAUGACUGACCCUUCAGACCCAUCAGACGAUGAUUUGUUCCAUCUGUUUGAUAAAUUCCCUACCCCAAUCCCAGAUACCUCCACCCCCAUGAUACCCCCAGUAGGUGUGCAGGCAGUGGCCCUCUCUCCCGAGUCAGUUCGGGUCAGCUGGGCUGACAACUCCAUCUCCAAAAAUCAGAAAUCCACCGAGGUGCGCUUCUACACUGUCAAAUGGAAAGCUAGCCACUCCACCAACAGCAAGUUCAAGUCUGCAGAUACCACAUCUCUAAGUCACAGUGUGACAGGACUGAAACCUAACACUAUGUAUGAGUUUGCAGUCAUGGUUACCAAGGGAAGAAAAUCAAGUACAUGGAGUAUGACUGCUCAUGCCACUACCUAUGAAGCAGCCCCGAGCUCUGCCCCAAAAGAUCUGACAGUCAUUAGCCGGGAGGGGAAGCCUCGAGCCGUGCUCAUCAGCUGGCAGCCACCCAUGGAGGCCAACGGCAGGAUCACAGGGUAUAUCCUGUUCUACACACUUGACAAAAAUAUGCCCAUUGAUGACUGGGUGAUGGAGUCAAUCAGUGGGGAUCGCCUCACCCACCAAGUUAUGGACCUCAACCUGGACACCAUUUACUACUUCCGCAUCCAGGCCAAGAAUGCCAAGGGUGUUGGGCCCCUUUCUGACCCUGUUCUCUUCAGGACCUCCAAAGUUGAGCACCCUGAUAAAAUGGCUAAUGACCAAGGUCGCCAUGGUGACGGGGGGUACUGGCCAUCUGACAACAAUUUGAUUGACAGGAGUAGCCUAAAUGAUCCCCCCAUUGGUCAGAUCCGCCCACCCCAUGGCAGUGUGACCCCGCAGAAGAACGGUAACCUGCUGGUGAUAAUUAUGGUGUCAGUGGGGGCUGUCACAGUGGUUGUGGUCAUCAUCGUGGCCCUCAUCUGCACCAGACGCUCUUCAGCUCAGCAGCGGAAGAAAAGAGCUACCCACAGCGCAGGGAAGAGGAAGGGCAGUCAGAAGGACCUUCGCCCUCCAGACCUGUGGAUCCACCAUGAGGAAAUGGAGCUGAAGAACAUCGAUAAACCUUCGGGUUCCGCUCCCUCGGCCACGGAUUCGCCCAUGCAGGGGUGUCAGGAAAUCACACCCAUCAGCCACAGCCAGUCAGAAAGCCAGAUGGGCAGCAAGAGCAGCCAUUCAGGUGCCGACGCAGACGAGGCAACGAGUAGCAUGUCCACCCUGGAGCGUUCCCUGGCCACGAGGAGAGCAACACGCACCAAGCUGAUGAUCCCGAUGGAUUCGCAGCCAAGCAACACCCCUGUGGUGAGCGCCAUUCCAGUGCCGACUCUGGAGAGUACUCAGUACCCAGGAAUCCUGCCUUCACCCACUUGCGGGUACCCCCAUCCUCAGUUCACACUGCGGCCCAUGCCCUUCCCUACCCUAACAGUGGACCGUGGCUAUGCAGCAGUCACCACUGAUGGUUCGACCACGCAUGGGCAGCAGCAGACCCUUAUCCCCACCUCCCAACCAGAGCAUGCGCACACCGAAGAGGCACCCAGUCGGACCAUCCCCACCGCCUGUGUCCGACCAACACACCCUUUGCGUAGUUUCACAAACCCCCUCCUGCCGCCUCCCAUGGGCACCAUUGAGCCCAAAGUGUACAACCCAUUAGUGCCGCAGUCAGGUGCAAGUCUUCCAAAGGCUCAGGUUAAGACAGCAUCCCUGGGGCAGGCUGGGAAAGCAAGGUCACCCUUGCUCCCAGUUUCAGUGCCAACAGCUCCUGAGGUAGCUGAAGAAGGGCACCAACAACCAGAAGACCCAGCCAGUGUUUAUGAGCAGGAUGAUUUGAGUGAACAAAUGGCAAGCCUGGAGGGACUAAUGAAGCAACUAAACGCGAUAACCGGCUCUGCAUUUUAACACUGGAGAGACCAUUGGUGCCCAUGUACAGAGAGAUGAGAGUACAGCAGAACUCCACAAUCAGAUUGACGUGGAAGGAGCUCAUGCUGAGGAUCUCAAACACUCCUUAACCUCAGUUGAUGUUUUCUCUGUGCCGUCUUCUCCCAGCGCGUCUAUCAAAGGAGAGAGGAUGGGAGGGGGAAUGACAAAAAGGAAACCUCAAAUUGUCAAACACUUUCACAUUUCAACAAGCCUCAUUGCUCUUUCACUCUUGAUUUUUCUCCAACGAUUUCUUUCAUCUCUGCUUAUGUGAAGACAUGGCUAUCACAAACCCUAACUACUUCCUUCUGCCACCACCUUGAGACCUUCCUUGGUGCUAGUGAAAACACAAAGAAUUUGGUUUUUGUUGGCACCAGUGUCAUCAAGUGGAACAGAAUUUUUCCCAAACCUGUUUCCUGGGGUGGGAAAACAAGGUAGCUAUCAGCAGCUUCAUGGACUAUACAGAGGUUUCUGCAAACUACCAGAGUAAAGUGGACAGUUUCAAGCC